UUUACAUAUACAGUUGUACCUCGAGCAGCGUCACAAGCUCAUAAUCCAUCGAUCGAUAUGAACGCCUUCGAACGUGUCCUUAGUACUCCUGAACUGGUAGACGGCAUCCUCAAUAUUCUUGAGCCUCGCGACCUCUGCAAGAUUCUGACUCUGGAUAGGGCCUUUUUCCAACAUGCUAUGCCGGUCUUAUGGCGCUCUGUUCCAUAUCGAGCCACAGAGUAUUUCGACGAAACAACUUCUCGCGGAAUUGCUUAUAUGAACGCCAUCAAACAUCUAGAUAUCGGCGAUAUGCCCGGUGAUCCUAAUAAUCUCAAAGAUCAGAAGGAAAUAUUAGACGCCAUUUUACAAUACUUUCCAAAUAUAGUAACGGCCAGGAAUUAUUGUUCGCCUCGGCCAUGGUCUUAUAAUUGGAAACUGCGAGUCGAACGUUCAUUCGCCCAGAAAACAGACGAGGAGGAAGAGUGCGGCAAGAGGGUAAAAAUGGUGGAGCAAAGGAAACUACUGCUCGAUUUUAACGUCAAUUGGAAAGCCCAGGGCGUAUUAAACACACAGUCUCUCGACAAAUCUUUCGCUGGAUGGAAAGGUUAUACCAUCGACCUUUCUAUCACUAUGAGAGUUCCACUACGGAAAUCACAGCAUCGCUUCCUCUUGGAGCCUUUCAGCACGACCCAGCCAGACGGGUAUUACUAUGUCGCCUACCUACUUUCUCCGGCCAGGCGAGAUCCCAGAAUUUGGGCUCUCGAUUUUGAAGGUCUGUCAAUCAAACUUGCAGAACUGGAAGGUAUACUUGCCUUCCAUCAUGUAAAACUUCGGCCCAUCCUUGAACUCCGUGCAACACGUGUUGUCGAUGCAUCACUUGAAGGAUUUGAAAGCUUCUGUGAUAGUGCCAGGGAUCUUCAAGAGUUACACCUCAGUUUUAACUACGGUUGUCACGCCCUACACCUACGACAUAUUGAGCGAAUCGUCUUGGCGGUCGCAGAGAUGCCAAAGCUGAAAGCGAUAGAACUGUCUAUCCUUUUCUCUGAGGGUGAAGAGUUUACGCCUGCGACAGCACUUACAGUACCGCCUGGUGUUGCUAGCCCUCGAUUGCGAGAACUUCAAAAGGUCACUAUCAACAUCCAUUCUACCGCCCCUUCAUAUGUUACACGUUACGCCUUCCCAGUUGAUACUUUGGCUCAAUGCUUGGCUUAUUUAGGAGCCGAGGAAGAUUGCAAAUAUGUCUUAAAAAACGGAACCGGCGUUUUUGUCGGAACGGACGUUUCUAACGGACUGAACAAGGAAGUUCAUAAUUUUCAAAGAUCAUCGCCCAACGGAUUGCCCCCACGCCAACCAACGUAAGACAGAACUCUGUCGAUGAAUCAGAUCCAACAUCCCCUCUAUCAAAAGGUCCAACCCAAAUCAAUCUUCCUCCCUCCAAUAACUUGUUUUCUUUCGGAAGUAUGCCUUUUUGACUGACUCAUAUAAUAUUCUGUCCCAACCUCCAGGAAAUGAGACUUGAUGUGGCCUGACAGGUUCGAAGGAAAUGGUAGAUUUUGUUGUAAAGCAGAGAACGUUAUGAUCUUAGAACCUUCGGAAAAGAAAAGUAAAGGUCAAUAAUUCGGUCCUUGCAUGGGGUUUUUUUACGGGAUGUACGUUUUGGAUACCAUGUUAUCCGACAAGCUUUGGGAGUCCAUUACUACACACGACUUGACACCACAGGUCUAUAUAUUUCACGGGACAGAGCACAACUUCUCGUCUCACCUCCUAUUUGUAUGUACAACACGGGUUCAAUUGGUUUUCACUACCAUACUUUUGACCUGUUUAACAGAUGGAUGAGGGGUCGGUGAAGCCAGGCGAGCCCGAAAUGCAAGUGGCUCACUGCAGUUAAGAAUUAUACUUUCUAUUAUCCAGCCCGCGGAGUUAUGUUACAGAAAUAUUAGUGUUAUGCAUCACAAAUUCAUC